UGCAAACAUAUUUAAAACAAUAAAAUCAAUAGUUUUCGAAGAAAUUCUGAGCUCAAAGCUCGCUAUUGCGAAAAUGAAGUUGUGUUUCAUAAUUUUACUCUUUUUACUUUUGGGAAAUGCAACGUCAUCGAUGUUCAAAAUGGAGAGAGGAUCUGCUUUGAAAUUGGUCUGUCCCGGAGACGAACAAGAUGAUUUAGAAUACGAGUCAAAUAUAUCGCAUGUAAACAUAUCUACAGGAAAACCGGGAAAAAGAGGUCCACAAGGUCCACCAGGACCGCCUGGUGCAAAAGAACCAGAUUCAGAAAUACGGAGAAGAUAUGAAGAUCGAAUUUUGGGGUUGGAAACUCAAUUAUCAGUUGUAUAUUCAGCACAAAGCGAGCAAUUAGGUGGAUUAGGACAAGUUGGAAAUCCUGCGGAAAAUUGCAAAGCCAUAAAACAAGCGACUGAUAACGCCGAAAAUGGUCUCUAUUAUAUCAAGGAUAUGGAGGGAAAUGUAUUUCAAACAUAUUGCGACAUGAAUAUUAGUGGUGGAGGGUGGACUCUCGUUGCUUCUGUUCACGAAAACAAUAUGAAGGGAAGAUGCACAUCAGGCGAUAGAUGGUCGAGUGAACAAGGAAAUAGUGCACAACAUCCUCACGGUGACGGCUUCUGGGAGAACAGAGCUGUUCAUGGAAGUGCGUCUUCAUCCACCAGUGACGAUUAUAAAAAUUCUGGAUACUUUGCAAUGAAUGCACGUGACAUUAUGAUAUGGCAUACACCGAAUGACACACCCGUUGGAAACUUUGAUUCUGAAGCCUUUUUCAAGUAUCAUACGAGUAAUGGUUUCUUACAAGGAUAUGACGGAAAUCUUCAAACUCUCUAUUCAAAACACUUCCCGAUGCGCAGCGAGCAAUAUGCCUAUGAUACAGAUAAUGGACCAGCAAUACCCAUAACUUGGGACAAAGGUAGUAAUGCAGAAAUGCUAGAAGUCACACCUGUCAAUUCAAGACUGGAAAUCGAACCUGGAUAUGUACAGUUUCGUGCAGUCAACGUCGAACAAAGUUCAUUCGCACUUUGUCCUGGUGUUCGUAUCAAACCAAAAAAGUUCAACGUAGAACAUGUAUGCAUCGGAAGUACAAGCAAAAAUAUCGGUCAUGAUCGUGAAGAAGAAUAUUGUGGUGAUUUUGCAGCAAAAGAUUGGUUCAGCACUAGAUGGUCAUCACCAGAAAAAAUGAUCAAAUCUGUUGUCAUGAUAUUCUAUCGUUAAGUAAAAAUGGUUUAAACUGUUGCAAUUCAAAACUGACCCACUUAGCUGUGAUUCAUUUUUUUGAAGUACAAACGUUUAAAUAAA